AUGGCUAGUCGACUAUGGCUUGCUCACUUUCUCUGCUCCCUUUUGUUUCACUUGCAUUUCCGAGCUGCUUCUUCUUCACCUUUUUCUUUCAAUUCCUCCUCUCCAGCCAUGCCGUGUCAACAUGACCAGAGUCUUGCCUUGCUCCAAUUCAAAAAAACCUUUUCCAUUAGAAGUAAUGCCUCUCCCUGGGAUUUCCCUUACCCCAAGCCUUAUCCAAAGACAGGGUCUUGGAAAGAGGACACGGAUUGCUGCUGGUGGGAUGGGGUCACUUGCGACAUAGAAACGGGUAAUGUAAUUGGCCUUAACCUUUCUUCUAGCUUGCUCUAUGGUACCAUUCAUUCUAAUAAUACUCUUUUCUUCCUUCCUCAUCUCCAAAAGCUUGACCUCUCUAACAAUCAUUUCAACCACUCUCAAAUUGUACCUCAGUUUGGCCAGUUUUUGAAUUUAUCAUAUCUUAACCUAAACUACUCUGUUUUUGAGGGCCGAAUUCCACUAGAAAUUUCUUAUCUGUCUGGUUUGGUUUCGCUUGAUCUUUCAAGGAAUUAUGAUUUGAUACUCAAAGCCACUGUUUUUAACGAAAUUGUUCAAAACCUAACCCAGUUACAGGAAUUGGACCUAAGUGAUGUAAACCUGUCUUCGGUUGCAACUAGUUCCUUGAUGAAUUUGUCUUCUUCUAUAUCAUCACUUGCACUCUCCUCUUGUGAAUUGCAAGGGAAAUUCCCAGACAACAUAAUUCGACGGCCAAACCUCCAAUUGCUCGAUUUAUCGGGCAAUGAAGAUCUCACUGGUUCCCUACCUAGGCAUAAUUGGAAUAACUCCUUCCGUUCCUUGUCUCUUUCUGCGACAAAAAUUCCAAUAUAUUUAGACCAACUUGGAAGCCUUAAACAACUCCUUUUAUUGGACCUUUCUUACAACAAUUUUAGUGGUGAGAUUCCCUACUCAUUUGAAAGCCUUAAACAGCUUGAAACUUUGGACCUCCGCAUCAACAAUCUCAGUGGUCAAAUUCCAUCCUCACUUGGAAGCCUUGAGGAACUCUAUUCAUUGGACCUCUCCUAUAACAAUUUUCAUGGUGAGAUUCCCUCCUCAUUUGGAAACCUUAAACAGCUUCAUACUUUGAACCUCCGCAUCAACAAUCUCAGUGGUCAAAUUCCAUCCUCACUUGGAAACCUUGGGAAACUCUAUUCAUUGGACCUCUCCUAUAACAAUUUUAAUGGUGAGAUUCCCUCCUCAUUUGGAAACCUUGGGGAACUCUAUUCAUUGGACCUCUCUUCUAACAAUUUUAAUGGUGAGAUUCCCUCCUCAUUUGGAAACCUUAAACAGCUUCAUACUUUGAACCUUUGCAACAACAAUCUCAGUGGUCAAAUUCCAUCCUCACUUGGAAACCUUGGGGAACUCUAUUCAUUGGACCUCUCUUCUAACAAUUUUAAUGGUGAGAUUCCCUCCUCAUUUGAAAGCCUUAAACAUUUUCUACUUUUGGACCUCGGCAACAACAGUCUCAGUGGUCCCAUCACUCAAGGAAGCAGGCUUUCAAGUUUAGUAUACCUCGAUUUAUCCAACAACUUGUUACAUGGCCGAAUUCCAAGUUCAAUUUUCAAACUUGUGAACUUGAGCGUUCUUAUUCUUUCAUCCAACAAAUUGAUAGGAGAAGUCUCUUCUGCAGUUUGCGAGUUAAAUUCUCUUCAAAUUCUUGACCUGUCAAACAAUAGUUUGAACGGCUCCAUGCCACAAUGUUUGGGAAAUUUCAGCAACAAUCUUUCAGUAUUGCACUUGGGCAUGAACAAAUUCCAUGGAACCAUCCUUGAAACGUUUUCUAUAGGCAGCAACUUGAGAUAUUUGAACUUCAAUGGUAACCAAUUGCAAGGUAGAAUCCCACCUUCCAUCUCCAAUUGUAUAAAUUUGGAAAUUUUAGAUCUCGGAAAUAAUAAUAUAGAUGACACAUUCCCCCAUUUUCUGGAAACACUUUCGAAGCUACAAAUUCUAAUUCUAAAAUCCAAUAGAUUUCAUGGUUUGGUGAAAGGGACCUCUGCCAAUUAUUCAUUCUCAAAGCUGCGAAUUUUUGACCUCUCCAACAACACGUUUAGCGGACCUUUACCUGCGGAGUAUUUCAAUAAUUUCAAGGCAAUGAUGAUCUUUAAUCUGAAUAUGAAAUACAUGGGGGCACCAAAUUAUUCCUCUUAUGAUUAUUCUGUGAGUCUGACUCUCAAAGGCUUAGAGAUUGAGUUGGUGAAAAUCCAAACACUUCUUACAUCCAUUGAUUUGUCGGGCAAUAAAUUCACAGGGGAGAUCCCACAGUCAAUUGGAAAACUUAAAUCACUUAAGUUGCUCAACCUGUCUCACAAUCAACUCACAGGCAAUAUUCAACCAUCAUUGGGGAAUUUGAGCAAUUUGGAAUCAUUAGACCUCUCUUCAAAUCUUCUUGUUGGAAGGAUUCCAAUGCAAUUGACAUAUUUGACAUUUUUGGAAGUGUUUCGGGUUUCACAUAAUCAACUUGAAGGACUUAUACCCGAAGGAAAGCAGUUCAACACAUUUGAUAACACUUCAUAUGAAGGGAAUUUGGGAUUGUGUGGAUUUCCGCUAGAAAAAUGUGACAAUGGGGAGAGGCAACAACCAACAUCAUCAAAAGAAAUUGAUUCCAAGUCUAAAAAUGGAUUUGGAUGGAAAGCUGUAUUGGCAGGGUAUGGAUGUGGAGUAAUAUUUGGAGUUGUAAUGGGAUAUGUUGUGUUUAAAACAAGAAAACCUAUAUGGUUUGUGAGGAUGGUUGAAGUGCAGAAAAAUGUAAAGAGAAAAUUGAAGAGA